AUUUGUAUUAUUAAGCAAUUAUUUUAAGCAACUGCUUAGGGGUGUGCGUGUGCUGCGCAACAAAUGCAAAAUUAGUGCGCAGCUUUGAUGCUCAAGGAGUUUUUGCGCACUGAGCACAUUGGCAAGAUGGCAGCCACCAUCGGGAGACUUCUCGGGACUUCUGCAAGAAGAGCUGCAGUUAAUGGACUGAAGGUCUUGGUCCCUCACAAUGGACCAUCUGUGAUCAGGGCCCCACAAUCCCUUGCCUGCAUUGCUGCACAAAAAGCUUGCUUCUCAGUCAGCACUGCUAGAUGGGCUGCAGCAGUCACUCAACAGGCCCCACAUUUCAAAGGCACUGCUGUUCUCAAUGGAGAGUUCAAGGAGAUCAGCCUAGAAGAUUUCAAGGGCAAAUACCUGGUCCUUUUCUUUUACCCACUAGAUUUCACUUUUGUUUGCCCCACAGAGAUCAUCGCCUUCAGUGACAAAGCCAAUGAGUUUCGUGAUGUAAACUGUCAAGUAGUUGGUGUGUCUGUGGACUCUCACUUUACCCACCUGGCCUGGACCAACACCCCAAGAAAGAGUGGAGGAUUAGGGAAAAUCCACAUUCCCCUGUUGGCUGAUCUCACAAAGCAAGUGUCCAGAGACUAUGGGGUCCUGCUGGAGGGUCCUGGAAUUGCUCUAAGGGGUCUUUUCAUUAUUGAUCCUAAUGGAGUGAUCCGACACAUGAGUGUAAAUGACCUGCCGGUUGGACGCUCUGUUGAGGAAACCCUCCGUCUGGUCAAGGCCUUCCAGUUUGUGGAAACCCAUGGUGAAGUCUGUCCUGCCAGCUGGACCCCAAAAUCACCCACGAUUAAGCCGACUCCAGAUGGCUCAAAGGAAUACUUUGAGAAGGUCAACUGAAAACCCUAAAACUAUUGGUACUGACAGAUCCUGCAGAUCUUGGCAUUUAACUGAAACAAGUCCAUAAUCCAUAUCCAAAAUCCACCAUUUAUAGACUUAAUGUAUCAGUAUGUUAGCAGUUAAUAGGGAGUGGAAUCUGUUUUGAUUUAUGUAUUUAAGCUGUUCAAAUAAAAACUGCACUGUUAAAUUUG